UCAUAUGUGACUUUCUCAUCACUCCAUUUCUCUCUCUCUCUCUCUCUCUCUCCCACACAGACAGACAGAAUUAGAGAGAGUAAGAACGAACCUUAAACAAACAUGUCAGGUUCCUCAGCAGAGUAAUGAAAACCAGUUCUCUCUAGUAGUAAUGAAAUGAGACUUGGGUUGUUAAAAGCAGUUAUACUGUUGCCGGUUUGACACUUGGUGGUCAGAUUUUUUUCCUUUAUUAUUAUUAUUUUUUUUCAACUUUUGGUCAGGUUAAUUUGUUUGAGAAGAAAUAAUGGGAGUUGUGACUGUUGGAGAAUUGAAGCCAAGCAUUUCUGGGAAAAGGUCGUUUCGUCCAAGUUCUAGUAUUCGACAUGCCACUGAAUGGCCAAUCUCUGACGUUUCGAGCGAUCUUACUGUUGAAGUGGGAACCUCGAGCUUUUCACUUCAUAAGUUUCCUCUUGUUUCGCGAAGUGGAAGGAUUCGAAAAUUGCUGUUGGAAGCAAAAGAUACAAAAAUUACAAGAAUAAAUCUUGCUACUGUCCCUGGUGGACCUGAGGCUUUUGAGCUAGCUGCGAAAUUCUGCUAUGGAGUAAACGUUGAGAUAACGCAGUCAAACGUCGCAAUGCUUUGUUGUGCGGCUCACUUCCUGGAAAUGACAGAAGACUUUGCAGAGAAAAACCUCGAGGCCCGAGUUGAAGCCUAUCUAAAGGAGAUGGUGCUCCCGAACAUCGCGAAUUCCAUCUCUGUUCUUCACCGUUGCGAGACUCUCUUGCCGGUUGCAGAAGAGAUCAACUUGGUCAGUAGGCUCAUUAACGCAAUUGCAACUAAUGCCUGCAAAGAGCAGCUCACUUCAGGGUUGUUGAAACUUGACCAUAACUUCCCUGCAAAGCCUGUCCCAGCUAUGGAACCAGAAACACCCGCGGAUUGGUGGGGAAAGUCCCUCAUAAUUCUCAGUCUUGACUUCUUUCAGAGAGUUUUAUCAGCUGUCAAAACCAAGGGUCUAAAGCAGGACAUGAUCAGCAAAAUUUUGAUAAACUACGCACAUAAUUCUCUUCAAGGCCUUGUUGUGAGGGAUUCACAACUGGUCAAGGGAAGCCUGCUGGACUCAGAACUGCAAAAGAAACAAAGGGUCAUUGUUGAAGCAAUGGUUAAUUUGCUACCAACUCAGUCAAGGAAGAGUCCAGUUCCAAUGGCAUUUCUCUCGAGUUUGCUGAAAACCGCAAUAGCAGCAUCGGCAUCUACUUCUUGCAGGUCGGAUUUGGAGAGGCGGAUCGGUCUGCAGCUUGACCAGGCAAUCCUUGAGGACAUCCUAAUUCCUGCGAAUUCGCACGGGAACAGCCACAGCACAAUCUAUGACAUAGAUACUAUUGUGAGGAUCUUUUCCAUAUUUCUUAACUUGGAUGAGGACGAUGAAGAGGACAGUCACUUGAGAGAUGAAAGCGAAAUGGUUUAUGAUUUCGAUAGCCCCGGAUCUCCUAAACAAAGUUCAAUCCUAAAAGUAUCAAAGCUGCUUGACAACUAUCUUGCAGAAGUUGCAUUGGACACAAACUUGAUGCCCACUAAAUUCAUAGCACUAACAGAACUACUUCCGGAUCAUGCUCGUUUAGUGAGUGAUGGACUAUAUAGAGCUGUGGAUAUCUUCCUAAAAGUUCAUCCAAACAUUAAGGACUCAGAGCGCUACCGCCUUUGCAAAACCAUCGACUGUCAAAAGCUAUCUCAAGAAGCCUGCAGCCACGCAGCGCAGAACGAAAGACUGCCGGUUCAGAUGGCAGUUCAAGUGCUCUAUUUUGAGCAAAUCAGGCUGAGAAAUGCGAUGAACGGAGGGCACAACCAGUUCUUCUUUGGUGCAAUAAAUGGCCAAUUCCCUCAGCGCUCGGGCAGCGGCGCUGGGAGUGGAGCCAUUUCCCCUAGAGACAACUACGCAUCGGUAAGAAGAGAGAACCGGGAGCUCAAGCUAGAAGUUGCAAGGAUGAGAAUGAGGCUAACUGACUUGGAAAAGGACCAUGUUUCCAUGAAACAAGAGCUUGUGAGGUCUCAUCCUGCACAUAAGCUCUUCAAAUCAUUUGCCAAAAAGUUGAGCAAGCUCAACAACUUGUUCAGGAUUAAUAGUAUUAAGCCUACAGGGGGCAAGGCAAGUUCAGAAACCAGAUUUCCAUUUCAGAAGAGGAGGCGUCAUUCUGUUUCAUGACUUGAGUAGUAGUGUGAAUAAACCAAUGAGUGUAUAGUAAUACUUAUAUACAUAUUUAUAUAUAUACAGUGUGAUUGCUUCUAAUGUCAUGAUAGUUUUUUGAAUGUUGAGAUUUGGUUGCUAUGUUCAUGAGAUCACUCCCUUGACUUUUUUUGGUCCAAUUCUAUAAGGC